GAAAUAGCCACUCCCUUUCGAGCCUGAACUGGAUAAACGUCCUUCGUAUUCGAAUCGAGCAAGAUCUCGAGGUUCAGUCUGACGACGCAGUGGAAAUUGAUUGUAAUUCGUUCUUUCCUGUGGCCGUGGAAUGAUAUAAAAAUGCUGAUACAGGUUUUCUGUUUAUUUCUUCUUUUGGAAUGGAAGGUAGAAGCCAGCCCCAGAUCAUCAACAAAUAAUAAUGGUCACGGUAGCUACGGUUAUAAUUAUGACAUCGCUCACUAUCCAGGAGGUUCUUCAGUUCACAUGGAAGCUGGCACAGGUCACGAAAAUCUCCGCUUCGACAACGUAGGGGAAUCCAGUCACAUUCAGCCUAGAUUUCAUCAUUCAGAAAGACCACUUGCGUCUCCAGCAUACCAAUCGAAAGCCAGAAAUGUCCCUUUUUAUGUGGAAAAGGUAACAGCGCCCUCCCAAGGUCUGGCUCAGCAUUAUGUAGCAUCAAAUCCUUCAGAAAAAGGAUACUUUAAUUCAGAUGCUACUGCUCCAUUCCUUUCUCAGACUCCCAUCGAUGAUUCUAAUUACAGAUGGCGAAAUUCUCCGCCAAAAUACCUUUCCCAAAGUAUUGAAUAUCCAUCUUACGUGUCUGCACUUCCUAAUUCUAAGAUUACGCAACGAGUUUCGGAUCCAUCUCCUUUUUAUCCGAAACUUGAAGUAGUUCAAGCAGCAAUACCUGAUGAUCAUAUUUCUCAAACAUUUGAAGAUUUACCCUACACGAGUCCAGAAAUAAAACCCGUAGUUAUUGCUUCUCAUUAUCCUAAAAAACCCCUCAUUUCGACUAAUGUUAAAUCACCUAAAAUUUAUAAUGAUCGCAUUUCUCAAGAAAACUAUGACUCACAUUUCGCAGAAGCUCCACAAAAACCACUCCCUAUCCCUCCUCCAGUUAGUCAGACUACUGUCGAAUUACCAAAUUCUUAUGAGCAGACGAUUUCUCAAAUAGCUGACGAUUGCCCUUUUGUAGCUCCUGCGCCAAAACAAAGUCCUUAUGAGCAGAAGAUUUCUCAGAUAGCUGACGAUUCACCUUUUGUUAGCCCUGCACCAGAGCAAAAUUCUUAUGAGCAAAAAAUUUCUCAAGUGACUGACGACUCGCCUUUUGUGGAUCCUAUUCCAAAGCAAAAUCUUGGAAAAACUGCCCCUGAUUCAGCUGUUAAAUCCCCCAAAUAUGAUGAUCGCAUUUCACAAGGAGUUGAUAAUUCACCUUUUCUAGAAGUACCCCCCAAAUCUGUUGUUCUUAUUCCUCAGAGUAAAACCCAUAGUUCACCUCAAGUUAAAUCGGUAAAAACUAAUAACGAUCAUAUUUCUCAAGUAGUUGAUGAUUCUCCAUUUAGAAAUCCAUAUCCACAGCACAAUGUUGGAAAGACAAUAUACGGACCUGUAGCUGUUGCUCGUUAUCCUUCCCCAAAAUUCAUUGCAGCAUCCGGCGUUAAAUCCACGAAAUCAUAUAAUGACCACAUUUCGCAAAAGGCUGAUGAUUCCUCCUAUCUAGAUGCACCAUCAAAGCUUCAUACUAAAACCCACGUCACUUCGUCUGGUAUAAAAUCUCCUAACUCAUAUGAUGAUCGCGUUUCUCAGGUAACUUAUGAUUCACCUUUGAUAGAUUCAGCUCCGAAGAACAGUGCAGUGAAGACAGUUCCUGGAAUUGGUGUCAAAUCUCUUAAUUCUUAUAACGACCGCAUUUCGCAAGGCAUUGAUGAUUCGCCCUUUGUAAACCCACCACCAAAACCUGUUGCUCUCUAUCCUCAUACUAAAACCCAUGAUAUUCCAUCCAGAGUCAAAUUACCAAAAUCCUAUGAUGACCGGCUUUCCCAAAAGACUGACGAUUUUCCUUUUGUAGAUCCAGUUCCAAAGCAUAGUGCCUUGAAGACAGUUCUCGGACCUAAUGUCAAAUAUCCUAAUCCUCAUAGCGAACGCAUUUCACAAAAAGUUGAUGAUUCAUCUUUCAUAAAUCCACUACCAAAACCUAUUGCUCUUUAUCCUCAUACCAAAACCUAUGGCUUUCCAACAGGCAUCAAAUCACCAAGUUCUUACGAUAAGCGCAUUAGCCAAAGAGCUGAUGAUUUACCUUUCACAGAUCCAGGUCCAAAAUUGACUGCUGUAAAAACAAUUCCCGGCCGUAGUAUUAAAACUUCUAAUGCUCACAGCGAUCGCAUUUCACAACGAAAUGAGGAUUCAGCGUUCGCAGAUGCCCCACUGAAAACUGUUAUUCAGGCUCCCCAAACUAAAACUCAGAGCAUUCCCUCUGUCAAACUGCCAAAUCCUUAUAAUGAUCACAUCUCACAAACAGCUGAUGAUUCACCUUUUGUAGAUCCAAUUCCAAAGCAAAGUGCAAUAAAGACAGCUUCCGGACCUGGUGUUAAAUUGCCAAUCAUUUAUGAUGGCCCAGUUUCACAAGUAGCUGAUGAUUUAUCGUUUGUAGACGGCCCACCAAAACACGUUGCUCUGGCUCCUCGUACUAAAAACAUUCCAUCUAGCGUCAAAUUACCAAAAUCUUACGAUGACCGUAUUUCUCAAGUAACUGAUGAUUCAUCAUAUACAGAUUCAGCUCCGAAUUAUAAUGUCAAGACAGUUCCUGGACCAGUAGGUACCCCUCACGUUCCUUCUCGAAACCCCGCCAUUUCCUCAAGUUUUAAACUGCCGCAUGCUCAUAGUGGUGGCAUUUCUCAAAAGGUUCCCGAUUCACCAGCUUUGCAUCCAAUUUCAAAUCAUAAUGCUGCCGAAGUUCUUCCAGUUCAGCCUCAUGUUGCAUUUGUUCCAUCAGGACCUCCUUAUACAAGAUUUUCUUAUGGUACUGAAAUAGUUCACCCUAAAGAAUUUCAGAACUCAAAUACUCAGCUACGCCAUGGAAGCCAUGAUAUAAAUCAUAAUCCUGUGUCACAUGCAGUGAGAUUGCCUUCUAAUAUACCGGUAAGCCACCCUCAACAUCAAACUGACAGGUCCCAUGCUCCUGUUUCUCAUACGAUUAGACUUCCGAUUGCUCAUCACUCUGCUCCACUAGGUUCUUCAGCAGCCCUAACUUCAGAUGAAAUUCUAAACUCACAUGACAACACAGCAGAAGACGGAAUUCCACCGUAUCCUUUGUCGCAUGCUAUUAGGUUGCAACCCAAUCGACUUGCUUCAUCACCUCUAACAGAAAAAGCUAGCUUAGAGAACGGUUUGAAAUUAUCUGGAGAUUCUUCCGAAGAUCUUAAUUCUGUGCCUCUAGCGUCUCAUGCUAUUAGAUUACAACCGCAUAAGCCCCCUACAUCAGGUGAAACAAUCUCAAUUGUAAAGCCUCAAUUUGAUGAUGAUCCAGUAAGCAACAUAGAAUCUGGAGAUAAACUGACGGAAGAUGAAGUAUUAUCAUCUCCAGUUAGCCACGCCAUCAGGCUGCAGCCGUCUAAAGAUGAGUCAUCCCUCAUUGAAAAGCCAAAAUUUAUUCAUAUUUAGAUAGUUUUAACAUAUAUAGAGAUAUAUAAUCAACGAAAAUGGGAAAAGACUGCUUACUGAAAGAUAUGACACAGUUUUGAAUCUGGUAUUAUGUCAAAAUGCUAAAACUAGUUAUUUAAUUAUUUAGCUUUCUUUCCCGUCAUAGGCUGAUUUUGGUAAAUUGCACUACUUAUAAUGAUUCAAAACAAAUCAAGCUGAUGAUAGCCACAAAGUUUUAACAUUUAAUAUUAGCAUUUUGGCAUCGUUUUGGAUUUAAUUUAAAGCUGUUCGCAGUAAAGGCAGUGCUAUUUCUGUUAAUUUUAAUAUUUAUUAUUAUCAUAUUCCAAGACCAUUAUACUCUCAUUCAAAAUUUAAUUAUGGCUUAAAAAUUCAGUUUAGGGAAAACAGGAGAAAUAAUUCAAGGAAGACUGAAUUGUGAAAGAGAGUUUGCAAAGUACUUACUUUUUACGUGAAGUAUGCAGAGCAAAUAAUAACUGCGAGAAAAAAGUGAAUUAAAUUUUAAAAAAAUAAAGUAUAGGUAGAAAACUUAGCUAUAUUUUAAAAUUUGUUAUCUUCACUUACAAAAUCUGACUUGUGGCAUUAUUUGAAAGAAUUAAUUUUGGAAAAAAAAAUCAGAUAUUUAGGUGAUGCUAAAUAUUGAAAUAGGGAAGUGAUAUUUUUUCCUUCAAAAUAUGUUUCAUUUUAAUUUUGUUACAAACGUUUUCAUUUGUUGUGAAUGAGCUAAAACAGGAUCGAAUUAGAAGACGUGAAAAUUAUUCUAACUCUAGCCUUUUUUGUUUUCAUUUUAUAAAAACUGUUGUAGGAGAAAAUUUUUACAAUUUUUGGAUUUAAUUUCUCACAAGGCUUCAUUAUAAUUUAGUGGAAAUACCAUCCCAGUAUCAUUAAAAUAAAUAUCAACGUACUGUACAGACGAUUAAAUUUCGUUUCUGUUUAUCUGAAUAUGUUUUAAUUAGUUUUAAACAAGCCCCUUCGCUCUGCAGAUAAAUAAAGUGGCGAUUUUAAGUGGCUCAUCCAUUUCUUGCAACUAACAAUGCUGCAGUCGUUGCCCGAGGCUUCGUAGAUACCCAUACUUUAGCGAAUUGUUAUUCUUGACAGCGUUAGUUUAAGUAGAGGUCCCAGAUCACUUAAUAGCCCGGGGCCCAUGAUUAUAUUAAGACCGCCUUGAAGACUAAGGAUAAUAAAGAAUGGACAAUUAUUUAAUUUUUGCUAAAUAAACGUUUAUUUUAAAAUGUCUAAUAAGAUUUCCUUUCAUAUUUAUUUUAUUUUGAUGUAAGACUGCCAAGCUGAACUGAUGAAUUUAGUUCAGAAAACUGCCUUUUAUGUGUAUAACAAUUCAAAAUGUUCCAGCAAGGCAUCAAAGAGAUUGUGAUUUGUAGUAUUUAUUUGAAUGUUUCAGACAUAUUUUUGUUCAUUUUGCUUUAUCUGUGUCUGUAAUUACACGAAUAGAAAUGACAAUAAAUGUUUUUUUUUUCCUUUUGA